GUAUUAGUGGGCUCAGGAGGCCAUUGCAUAUGGAGUUGGCAAAGUUUAGAGCACAUCCUUAAGAAUGUCAGCAUUCAGAGCAUUAGCGGAGCCGCAACAACACCCCCGUCCACGAUCAGAUUGGUGCCGGUUACAAAUGCAGCAUGGUCACUGGCUAGGUAUAGUAUGGAGUCGCCCACGUCCUCGGACACACCUACCCGACCUACCAUGGUCAGAUUUGUAUACGCGUCCAAUAAUUUAUCCGAGACUUCCUGUGUAAUUAUGAAUUACUUGAUGACAUUAACGCGGAUACGUUUGGGUCCCAACUCCGCGGCCAUACAUUUGGUGAACAUAUCCACCGCACACUUCGCCACACUAUAG